UAUUACUUAGAUUAAUCAGGAUGGAAGAAGAAAAAAUGCCCAUAUUUUUAUACAAUAUCGACGAGACAUCUAACAAAUCCUCAGAACGAAUAAAAGGUAAUAAGUAUUUACCAGAUGCCUCAUUCAGAUUACUG